AUGGCUUUCAGAUCCCCAGGUUUUUGGGUAGCCCUACUCGCUACUGUUUCAUCACUUGGAGAAGCUCUCCAGAUUACUGGCACUACCGCAUAUCUCAAUGGCAUUCCUUAUUGGAUCGCGCCAGAUGCAAUCGGGUCGCUUCAAAGCAAUUUAGCAACUUUGUUAUUCGAAUCGAACAGGGUUGCUUUAAAUGGUUUUAUGCCCAUGUCCGCAGUAUCUUCUGGCUCUGAUGCUUAUUCGGAUGCUUCUCUUGAGCGUGAACUCUCCCACUUUGGGGAGAACGAUGAUGUAUGGAGCGAAGGUUUUGCCAAGCUGGUUUAUCUUCAAGCAACUGAUGAGAGACGUGGGAAUUCUGGGGCCGAUUCCAUGCAAAGUUGGGGCAACAAAACUGUAUUAUUUGCUCCAAAGAAGAUGAAUGAGAUUAUUCCUCGGGGCCCUUACUUCCUGUCGUCUCAAGGCAACAUUCAUCGGGCUUACCGACUUUACUCUGACCACCAAGAAGCUUUCACUGAGUCUGUGUAUACCAAUUCUUCUGGCAAGCAUUCUGUUCUUCCUGCACAUAUACCAGGGAAUAGCCUUACAAUUGCUGUUCCGUCUAGACUUUACUACAAACGUACACCGACUGCCCCGCUUGCUGGCAUGCGUGUUGGUAUAAAAGACAUUUUUGACGUCACUGGCUUAAAAACUGGCAACGGCAACAGAGCAUGGUACAACCUAUAUCCCCCAGCCAAUGCAACAGCACCCGUGGUAAAGCGGUUGCUAGAUGCAGGCGCGAUCAUUGUGGGCAAACAAAAAACUGCUCAAUUUGCCAAUGGAGAAUACUCGACUUCAGAUUGGGUUGAUUAUCACUCACCUUUCAAUCCACGCGGAGAUGGCUAUCAAGAUCCCAGCUUUUCUUCCGCAGGAGCCGGUGCUAGUGUUGCAUCGUAUGACUGGUUGGACUUUGCAUUGGGAUCAGAUACAGGCGGUAGCAUUCGCGGUCCUGCUCGAUCCAACGGUCUUUACGGGUUGAGGCCGUCACAUGGUGCUGCGCCCUUACAACUUGCACUCCCGCUUGCUCCUGAACUAGACACCGCUGGGCUCAUUGCAAGGGAUCCGUUGCUUCUCCAAUAUGCAUCUACGGAGAUAUACGGACUACCCCGCAACAGCUUUCAGGGUUUUCUCCCAACUCAAUUGCUGGUCGAAUCGUUUCCAGCCGAAUUGUCGAAUAAGAUAGCCACGAUUAUCGAUCGAUUUCUUGAUGAGAUGAAGAAUGUUCUUGGAAUCGAGAAGACCGACUGGUUCAACGUAACAACCGCCUGGCAACAGUCUCGACCCCAGUCCGCACCGGUGGAUAUACAGUCAUUGUUAGGAAAUGUUUACGCAACAAUCAUCGGCCAACGUCAAACGGAAUUAGUACGCGACCCGUUCUACGUCAAAUACGCAUCCACGCAUGACGGAAGACUGCCCGCUGUAAACCCAGUUCCAUUGGCACGAUGGGCUUUUGGGGAUGCGCAACCAUCCACGGCAUUGGCUGAUGCGCUCACAAACAAAACUGUAUUCAUGGACUGGUUCCAGAACCAUGUGCUCAAGCAGGAUCGCCGCAGCUGCACAUCAGCGGUGCUUGCCUACAUUAGUGCGCCAAUCAUUCAAUACAGAAGCACCUACAGAAGCCCACCAAAAGCGCCCUCGGGGUUCACGAACCAGUACUUUAGCGUCAUGGCUGAGGUACCCGAUAUAACCAUUCCGAUUGGUGAGAUGUCCUACCAUUCUACAACAACAAAUCACACGGAGCCAUUACCUGUGUCGAUAAACUUGAUGGUUGCCAAAGGAUGCGAUGCUACUUUAUUGAAUUUAGUCACGAAGCUCUAUCAUGCAGGUGUGCUAAAGGCUUCAGAAGUUGGAGCAAGUCUUGUCGACGGUGGGGAGAUACUGCAAAAAAGGUAG